CCUCGCAUAUUAUUUCAAGUUGUUACGUUACGUUUCAAACGACCGUUAAUAAACGCAGAACUCGAGUCAGUUACGAAGAAAUAUGAGAGAAAUAUUCUCGGAAUAUUAAUAGUCAUAACGCACAAAAAACCAGCUGGCAUUAGAAAUACAAAGAUUGAUUUUUGUCACUGAAAUAUUUCCUCGUAUCGCGAAAUGAAAUCUACCGAACGUGACGAUUUACGAUAGAGGCGAAAGAAUAAAGAUCGGGAGAAAGAUGUGCGAUACGUUUAUUAAUACCAAUGCGGAAAAAGCCGUAUCCUCUUAAUCACGUACCGGUGGGAAUUGGCAAGAAGAAAAGGAGAAAAAAAGACGUAAGAAUAAGGAUGAGCAAUCGGGCGUGAUUCAGCGGUCGACGAUGCACGGACCCGAAAGCAACUUGAUCGAGAGUGGCUGAGCUGUACGGCUUUUAAUUCCGGGAAUUCAUAUUUCGCCAAUCGAGUCCUCGGUCGCCGCGUGCUUGCCUGGCGAGGCCCGACCCUCAGCCUCGCUCGUGAUUUCGUUUCAUUUACAUCGACGACGAUGGCUAGAUCGAAAGAUCGCUUCGACGUAACGGUAUGUUUUAUUACUCGAUAUUACGCACGUUGUGACAAGAUUAUAUCGCGAACGAGAAAACUAAUUGGAAACGAUCGAUUUCGCGUAGAUAAUCAAAUAAUUGUCUAGAUAUUCGUAAUAAUAAGUGUAGAAAAAAAAAAUGCGGUUUAUAUGCAAAAAAAAAUACAAGUGCAGCAUGAAUGGUGUAAACGAAGAUUUGAGAAAUUCCUGAAAUUUUUGGAGUAAUUAAAUAUAUGUGGUGCCAAAAAUGACAAACCGAUUUUGACUUGACGCCGAAUUUGUAUAUGUGCGUGGAAAUGUGUUACGUUAAUUUGAGUCUAAUCCAGAUAGAGAAUUUCGAAAGUAUCUUGUUAAAUCUUGCGGUUUCGUUGGAGAAGAUCCUAUUUCCCAGUGUGGAUGAGUCAGCCGAUGGAGUUUGGUCGACGACGAUUAACGGUGAGAAUUCUUCUCUUCGAUAUCACACCUGAUGAAACAAAAUGGCAACGACGAAUUACGAAAUUGUGAAAGAAAAGCGCAAAAUCUAUCGAGCGAUGAAUCAAGAUUCGGAUACCGUAUCGGCUGAAGCAUCUGGCUCAAGAUCGAGCUUGGAAUCAGAAUUGAGAUCGAAACGUUACGAUAAUAAAAAGGUAUCAUCGAGCUACAAACAAACUCGUUUGACGCAUAGAACGGAUAACGCUGAAGUCGUAGAAUGCGUAAUCGUAUCGGAGAGCAACGAAAAAAAUGAUGACUCCAACAAUGAAGAUGCCGAUCACUUGGAGUCCGAACGAAUCAUGGUGCCAUCCGAUCCGUCCGAAUGGAAUUCCAGCCACAUAGCCUCGUGGAUCUCGUGGUGCGGCCGGACAUUUUCUAUAAGACCGAUCGCUGCGAUAUUUCCGUCGACCGGAAAGGAAUUGCUGAAAUUGUCCCUGCGAGAUUGGCAGAAUAUCGGCGGCGAGACGGGAGGUCGCAUUCUGGCGCGACACUUGGGCUAUCUUCAUCUACAAGCGACCGGCAUAUAUACUCCCGAUUUAUUGCAAGAGGAUGAGGAUAAUGCUGAGAGGUUCAGCCUCCUACAACGGACUUGCUCGCUGAUUGGAUCGACGGCUGGAGCUGGCAGCUCGGGGGCGGUCGGAGGCGGACAGGUCCAGCUCUGGCAAUUCCUGCUGGAGCUGCUCUCGGAUACGUCCAACGCGUCCUGUAUCGCGUGGGAGGGUUCGAACGGGGAAUUCAAGCUCACCGAUCCAGACGAAGUCGCGCGUCGAUGGGGCGAGCGUAAGAGCAAGCCGAAUAUGAAUUACGAUAAAUUGUCACGCGCUUUAAGAUAUUACUACGACAAGAAUAUAAUGACGAAAGUUCAUGGUAAACGUUACGCUUACAAGUUCGAUUUUCAUGGUUUGAUGAUGGCUUGUCAAUCUCAAGCCGGCAUUAUGACGCUGGAGGCAUCAACAUCGUCGCGUUUGACAAACAGCAACUGUCAUCCUCAUCACCAAGCUCAUCGUACUCAUCGUUUAUACCCAGUGGGGCCGUCGCCUACUCAACACUCUGUACAAUCCUCUUCCUUACAAUCGGGAUCAACACCGUCCACGCAACAACUACCGCCACCAGCACCACCGCCGCCACCACCACAUUACUGUUGGCCGUAUCAUCGAUGUUCGCCACCGACAUAACAUAGUCUUCAAUCGCUAUUAGGCAUGUGCGGUUACAUCGAUCGAUUAGUGUCGAUUUCAAUGGACGAUGAUUCGCGCUCAUUAAAUUUUAUUUUAUUCAUUCCUCUUUCUUUCUUUCUUUUAAUAACAGAUUGCAAUACAUCAUUGUCGAUUUUUGGAAUAAAAGGAACAUUAUCGAAACUUGUUGGUGCAUCGUUUUAGUGUACUUAUUCAGCAUAUUGUACUUAAUGGGACUCGGGACUUUUGAAAUGGUGAAAAAUUAAGUACACUGAAACAAUACACCAGCAAGUUUCGAUGAUGUUUCUUUCAUUCCAAAAAAUCGGCAAUAAUGUAUUACAAUUUGUGAUCAAAUUUUAAUGUUUUUUUUUUUAUAUCAAAUAAUUUGUGGCAAACAAUUCAUUACAUUAUCCAUAUUUGUCGCGUUCAAAAGCCCUUGGUUUUCUUGGGCGAAUCAUAUAUGUAACGACAAUUAAUAAUAAUAUUGAAAAUCAAUAGUAAUUUCACAAAAACGCGAGUAUGUAAAAUAUUUCAAACUUCUAAAUAUUGCAAG